CUUCCUUCAUUCAUUCCCCAUCAUUCCUUCAUCUCCACACAAAGAAAGUUCAGAGGUAAAAUCGAAUCCAUCAAUGGCAUCUCAAACUACAAUUGAUGGGCAUAAAGAUGAUCAAACCGUCUUACAGAAACACGUUGCAUUCUUCGAUCGCAAUCAUGAUGGAAUUAUUUAUCCAUGGGAGACAUUCCAAGGGUUCAGAGCAAUUGGGUCAGGCAUCAUCUUAUCAUCCGUGGCUUCAAUUUUCAUCAAUCUUGGUCUCAGCCAAAAAACCCGCCCUGGCAAAUUCCCAUCUGUGUUAUUACCUAUAGAGAUAAAGAACAUUCAAAGAGGCAAACAUGGGAGUGAUACUGGUGUAUAUGACAGUGAAGGAAGGUUUGUGGGGUUGAAAUUUGAUGAGAUAUUUGGAAAAUAUGCUUGUACAUAUCAAGAUGCAUUAACAGAAGAUGAAUUGAUGAUAAUGGUGAAGGCAAAAAGGGUGCCUAAGGAUUAUGGUGGAUGGGUUGCUGCUUAUGUUGAAUGGAAGGUGUUAUAUAUGUUGUUUAAGGAUAAGAAGGGUUUGUUACAGAAACAGACUGUAAAAGGUGUUUAUGAUGGAACCCUUUUUCAUGAAAUGGAGAAGAAGAUUCAGAUGGAGAAGAAGGCCAAGUAAUUAAGAAAUGAGAAUU